AUGAUAUAUGUAGUAUUAAUAUUAUCUGCUAAUGAUGUUUCUGCUAUAAGAAAGAUUUGUGAUUAUGCAAGUCAUGUAGUUAAAUACCAUUGUUGUCCAAAAUAUUCAAAAUAUGACUCUGAUACUAAAAGAAACCAUUAUA